UAGUAAGAAUGUCGUUCGCCUCUAGAUUAACCUCCACCAUCUCUAAUCCAAGAGUUUUCUUGCCAUUGGCCGUUACUGCCGGUUCUCUUGGUUUAGCUUAUCAACAUUACUAUUUUUCAACUGCUAAUCCAAUUAGAAAUGAAAGUGGUAAAACUUUUGUUGGUGGUGAUGAAUGGGUUGAUUUAAAAUUAAAAGAAGCUAUCAAACUUUCUCAUAAUACUAAAAGAUAUAUUUUUGAAUUGAAAGACCAAGACGAUGUCAGUGGUUUAAUCACUGCUUCUUGUGUUAUGGCCAAAUACGUUACUCCUAAAGGUAAUAACGUUAUCAGACCUUACACUCCAGUUUCUGAUGUUAACCAAAAGGGUACCAUUGAAUUUGUUAUUAAAACUUAUGAAAAUGGUAAAUUCUCCAAACAUAUAGCUGAAUUGAAACCAAGCGAUACUGUUUCUUUCAAAGGUCCAAUUGUUAAAUGGAAAUGGGAACCAAAUCAAUAUAAAGCUAUCCAUUUGAUUGGUGGUGGUACCGGUAUCACUCCAUUGUAUCAAUUAUUACAUGAAAUUACUAAAAAUCCUGAUGAUAAAACUAAAGUUAACUUGUACUAUGGUAACUUAACUGCUGAUGAUAUCUUAAUCAAAGAUGAAUUAGAUAAGAUUGCCGAAACUCAUAAAGAUCAAGUUAAAAUUGAAUACUUCCUUGAUAAACCAUCCGAUGACUGGAAAGGUCAAACCGGUUACAUUUCUAAAGAAUUCUUAGAAAAGAACUUGGACGGUCCAUCUAAAGAUAACAAAAUUUUCAUCUGUGGUCCACCAGGUUUAUACAAAGCUCUCUCUGGUAUGAAAAACUCUCCAUCCGACCAAGGUGAAGUUUCUGGUGUCUUGGCUGAAUUAGGCUACAACAAAGAACAUGUUUACAAAUUUUAGAUGCUUCCCUUUGAUUGACUCUAAUCUAGUUUAGAUUUUAAAAAUUCGAAUACAAAAAUUAAAUGAAAAA